GCAAAGGGAUAAGCGAGGGACCAAUAUGGGGGUGCCCGCUAACGUUUGCUUUGCCCAGUUGAACAUGGUUAUCGAAUUUGGAGCUUAAAGGGAUAGAUACUGCUAUGAAAUAAGUGCAGUUGACGAUAGGAGAAAUGACAAGUCAUGCAAGAUUUUGCGAGUUUUUCCGACGUCUUUGGCUGUGAAGAGAUGUAGUGUUGGGAGAUAAGUAGUUUUUGGCUACGACCUUGAACUACCUAAGCUUAGCUGUAUGUCUGGCUGGCAAUGGUUAUGCAGGAGUAGGGAGAGCAGUGGUCUUUGGCGGGGUGUUUUGGCGCUGUGGCGUCAUCUAUCGAUAAAGUAUGAGAUAGGCAUUGGUCACUGCCAAGACAUGCCCACUCAAGCUCUGUAGUCUGCUUGUUGUGGCUAGUGUGGAUUUGCGAAAAGACGGGUUUCUGGAUUUCGUCUUCGAUCCAUCUAGCCGCGAAGCCCCGGGCUUUAUACUACCUACGACUCCCGAUCAACCGCCAGGAAUCAUCUCCGAACAAUAUGUCGAAACGUGGCGCCUCGGCGGCUGCCGAUCAGAUUGUCAAAUUGAUCGUGGGAGCCGGGCAAGCCAGCCCAAGUCCACCCGUUGGUCCUGCAUUGGGUAGCAAGGGUAUUAAGUCGAUGGACUUUUGCAAGGAGUUCAACGCCCGAACGGCGCACAUAGCACAGGGCACUCCUAUGCCCACCCGGGUGACUGUACGCGGCGACCGCACAUUCCACUUCGACGUUCGGACGCCUCAAACCUCCUGGCUUCUACGAAACGCAGCAGAUCUGCCAUUAGGGAAGAAAGGCAAACGGAAAGGAGCGAGCAGACCGGGCCAUGAAAUAGUGGGCACGAUCAGCCUAAAGCACGUUUACGAAAUCGCCAAAAUCAAGCAAUCAGAAUUGCGACUGUCUGGCCUAUCCUUAGAAGGGCUUUGCAAGUCGGUAAUUUUUCAAGCCAAAUCCAUAGGCAUCACGGUUGUCGCAUAACUCAACUCAACAGCGGGCUUGGCCGGACGACAGAGGCCCUAUGAGCAUGGGCCCGAGUGCUUCAAACUAGGGCUAGCCCGCGCCCUUACGAUCUGUAUAUAAGCGUGUACACAUUAUCCAACUGAAUUGUAUAUCAAGCGGGAGUGAACUGGUUUGUCUAAAGCUCUUUUUGGCAGGCAGGGUCUUGUUGUUCAUCGUUUCGGUCGAUCGCAUCGCAGACUCAACUCUUACCUUCGGCUUAGUGAUGAACAGCCCUAGCCUUAAAGUCUAGGAAGCUCGGCGAGUUUCUCUUACAGUUAGCAAUACUUCGGGUGUCAGGUUGGAGGCAAUUGCUGAAAAAUGUACUAAAAGACGUUUAUGAGAGAAACAUGCUUUCGCUCAACCUUUCAUAUAGGUUUGUCUAUGCAUAGUCAAGAUAGGGAGGGAGCUGGUAAAUUAUUAUCGAUGAUGUUCGUAGUGAAUGACUACUAUGGAUCUGGGGAAUCUC